GAGUGCGCGACACGGAGGCUGCUGGACGCUUGGGCCGAGGUGGACGUGGCGGGUCCGGCUGAGGGCAGAAGUGGCUUUCGCGACGGCGAGCCGAAAGCGAUAAAAAGCAAUGAAUCGGGGAAACAGAAGGAGCUUUAGAUUUCAGUGUUUCUCCUAGUCCUCCUAAAAGGAAGAAGGAGCCCUUGGCGUUUAGGAAGCUCUUGACGGGAGGACAGCACUCAUCUUAGCGUAGGCAAGGUCUCUCCCUCACUACGGCAGUGUUUUCGUUGCGGGUGGACUAGAUUCCACCAGCAUGGCAGAGUUGGAGACAGAGUGCAUCACAUUAGGACUUAACACGUUGACCACUGAAUGCGUCACGCCUCCAUUAGACCCCCUGCAGCCCGACUGCACCACCCCCACCCUCCAGAUGCUCUCGCCCGAGUGCAGCACGCCCACCCUCAGCACCCUGGCCUCCGAAAUCGCCGAACCCAUGGCCAUGCUGCCUUGUGUGAAGAGCGAGCCGGACCUCGACCCCAUCCGCACCGUGGACCUUUCCGAAAUCCAGCCCCUGAGCACGGCAGAGCUGGGCUCCGAGCAGAUCAAGAUGGAGAUCAGCGGCUUGGACUACAUCAAAUCCGAGCACCACAGCGACCUACAUUCAUUCCACAGUACGGAGCUGGACUCCUACAAGUCGCACUAUGAGCCGAGCCUGGUGUUCGACUACAUCACCCAUGUCUCGGACAGCCUAGAAUACAUCAAGUCGGAGCAGCACGCCGACCUGCAGUGUUACUACACCACGGAGCUUGGUACCAUCAAGACCGAAUACGAGUCCAAUCUAAUGUCCAGCCACCUGAAGACAGAAGUGAACGGUUUGGAAUCUAUCCACAUGGCGGAGCUCCGUACCGAGCUCAACAAGCUCCGUCCGGACGCCAUCAUCGACGGAAUAGGAAAACUGGAUCCCGAUUUUUCCUCGGGGCACCUCUACGAGCUGCAGAACGCUCAGGUGAGUAAAGGACCUGUCACGCAGAACCAAACGGGCUCGAAAGGUCACAGCACAACCCCGCGCAAACCUCGCAACCUCACAGGCGAGAAGCCUUUCUCCUGCACGCAGUGCGGGAAGAACUUUAGCACUCUGGGUAAUCUGAAGACACACCAGCGCAUCCACACGGGUGAAAGGCCCUACACUUGUUCCCAGUGCGGGAAGAGUUUUGGGCAGGCGGGUAACUUGAAGAGACACCAGCUCAUUCACACGGGUCAGAAACCUUACACCUGCGCGCACUGCCCGAAGGGCUUCACCAAAGCUGAUGAUCUCCGUUCACACCAGAGGCUGCACACGGGCGAAAAGCCUUUCUCCUGCGCAGAAUGCGGGAAGAGCUUUUGUCAAUCCAAGGAACUCAAAGCCCAUCAGUUAAGCCACACCGGCGAAAGGCCCUUUUGCUGCUCACACUGUGGGAAGAGUUUCAGCAAGGAAACGAGUUUCCGGAACCACCAGCAAAUUCACACCGGCGAGAAACCGUACAGCUGCCUCCAGUGCGGGAAGACUUUCAGCAAUUCAGGGGUCCUCAAAACACACGAGAAGAUUCACUCUGGGGAAAGGCCCUUUGGCUGCACUCAGUGCGGCAAAAGCUUUGGCCGUUUGGGACACCUAAAAGCGCACCAGCAGAUUCAUACCGGGGAAAGGCCGUAUGCCUGCGCUCACUGCGGGAAGAACUUCAGCCAGUCUGGCCACCUCAAAGCACACGAGCAAAUUCACAAAAGAGAGAGACCGGACCUUAGCAGCGGCAGCAGCCGGAGUAAUGAUAGUAGUUAA